AGAGCGUCUAACUUCAGCACCCUUUUUGCCACAGCUUAGGGCAGCGAACCAGACAGUAGUCAAAAUACAAUUAUCUCACUGGACAUUCUCAUGGCCGUUGCAGACUGCUGGGCUGACUUUGAAAACUUCCGGCAUAAUGUGAAGCAGAACACUGUGGACAGACUAAAGCAAAUUCUUGUCGGAUUCAACGAAGAGUGUUUUACUAUCUUUUCCAAAUCUGGGAAGAAACAAGAGCUUAUCGAUAGGAUUACUACCCAGUUAGAUAUUUGGAGGCAGGCAAACAAUGCAGACAGAUGGACGAAGGCGAAAGCUGUUCUUCUACAGGUGCGCAGCACAGGAGUUUACGCUCCCGCCAGAAUGCCCGGAACUGUCAACGUACAGGCGUUGCCCCCAAUUCAACACCCACCCUAUCCUUCUUCAUCCAGUAGUGCGAGAUCAAAUGGAUUUCAACCUGUAGCUCCAGGCCCAUGUAAUAUUGGUCGCUACAAUUCUUAUGCUGCUCCUGGAAAGGCAUUGCCAUCUUCUAUUCUACCUCCAUCAAAUUUAUCAAAUCCAGCCGUACGCUUCAAGCCGUCGCCUUUUUUCCGAGUGGAUCAAGCUGUUUCUAACAUUGCUGAAUGUCCCGAAUCCACCAGUUCAACGGAUCGUAAACAGCAAAGUUUAACCUUCACGCUCAAUAGUGAACAAUUGCAAAAGAUAGGCUCUUUGAGCCCGAAGUAUCAACUACGCCUUUAUUGCACAUCCUCUACGUUCUAUUCACCAGCCCACAGCGGCUUACGUGGCCCUUGCCCCAUCGAAUUUCCUCCUACCUGUGAAGUUCGCGUCAACAAUGUCCAAUUGCAAUCAGGCUUGAAAGGCUUGAAGAAAAAACCAGGCACGGCUCCACCUGCUGAUCUUGGUAACGCUGUAAGAACUGUUGGCCAAAACCGUUUGGAGAUGGUCUAUGUCAAUAGCCAACAGCCUGCACAGCCGAAGAAAUUUUAUCUUGUUGUUAUGCUCGUGGAAGUUACUACAGUUGGCCAACUAGUAGAGAGAUUAAACAAAGGGAAAUAUUAUAAUAAGGAAGAGGUACUGAAAAAACUGACGGAUACAUCUUCCGAAGAUGAUGAUAUUAUAGCAGGGCUGCAGAAGUUGUCACUCAAGUGUCCGCUGAGCUUUAUGCGUAUUGUAUCGCCUUGCCGAUCUGUGCUGUGCGUCCAUCCACAGUGUUUUGAUGCGACGUCCUGGUUUUCUGUAAUGGAACAGACUACGACAUGGUUGUGUCCUGUGUGCGAGAAAGUUCUCAACCAUGAGGAUCUCAUUAUCGAUGGUUACUUCGACCAAAUCCUCAAAGACACCCCGCAGAAUGUCGAAGAUGUAAUCAUAGAGUCCGAUGGGCAGUGGCACACCGCAGACAAUAACUACUCGUCUGCUGUUUGGAGAGCUUCACAUCCGCCCCCAUUUUCAGAUCCACCACCCACUUUCCGAUCUCAAGGUGGCAACCCUGCUGUAGAUCGGCAUGCGGAAGACACUUCCAUGAAGCCAAUAACUAAAUCUGAUGUGCAGAUCUUGAUUUUAGACUCUGACGACGAGGAUGAGGGUAGGGUGAAGAGAGAAUUGUCACUUUCACAUGGCAGCACUUCUUCAUUUUCUAUUCCUCGUUCAGCUUCUCUAGUCACAGCGAAGAGCUCAAGAGCUAACGCGGGAGAAAUAAUCGACCUCACACUGGAUUCUGAUGACGAAGAAACUAAGCUGUCAAAGAAACCUGCAAAGCGUAAAGCCCACGACGCUGGAGUACUAUCACCCACAGAGCAAAUUUGGAAGAAAUCCCGGGUAAAUUCUGUCUCGCCAGUUACAGUACCAACCAUUGGUCACAAAGGGGAAACAUCGAAAGCAUCAGGCAUCACAUGCACUGUUAGCAGUACCAAUCAAUCGAAUACUUUACCAUCUCCCUCUCAUACAUCAUCUAUACCCAAUAACCCUCCAAUAACAAAAUUCACUUCUAUUCGAUAUGGUCCUCCUCCCUAUGGCAAUGUGGCUGACGAGGGAAUAUAUAGGCCUUACGUUCCUACCUCUCCUAUCACUCCUCGAGAUGCUGCCAAUGCUAUUCACCAGCCAUUCAUACCCAAUCAUCCAUAUCCACCCCAUCACAGUGGCUCUUCGCGUCCUAGCUGGUCGUAGUUAUUGUGCUACUCUAAUUUUUAGAUUCAGGACUUGGUAUUAUGUGUAGUGUGUAAUAUGUGUGUUGUCUUUUGGUAUUGAGAUAGAUAUUGGGUGCAAGUCGGUAUUCUCAAGAGGUAUUCUGAUAGGGAAAUACAACCUUAUAUAGGAAUGAUAACCAUACUCUCGAGUGGU